AUGAGUGCUAUCAGGAUUAGCAUGUGGAAAUCCCUUAAAUGGAUUGAUCGAUCUGGCAAGCUGCAGCCACCAGUGGAUAGAACUUUGGCACCCCUCCAGGUUAAUCCCAGAAGGAAAAAUGUCAAGGGCAAGGGUAAAGUGCAGGAAGAGGGAGUGGUGGAUGAUAGCAUGGAUGAUAGCACAGAUGACAGUGUGGAUGACAGUUUGGAUGAUCACAGCAAGGCUGAGGCAAGUGAUGUUGGAACAGAUGGUCCCUCUGCUAAAAAGGUAUCUGGCAGGAGGCAAAACCAUGCCAAGACACCAUUUCCUUCUCAUUCCUGCUCAAAUCCCCCACCAGCUGAUGGUUCCCAUACAAACCCUGAUCUGCACUCAGGGAACAAGUACACAACUGAAUUACAGGACCACUCAGAAUAUGCAGAUGAAGAUGGAUUGGAGAGCAUUCCUUUCACUGACCACCCAACCAAGGAGGGGUCAACGAGCAGAAAAAAAGGCUCUGUCAGAAUCGAGGCAUCCCUGGGAGCACCUGGAAGUCACCUUGUGUCAGAAAGGCCCCUGCAAGGCCAGAUGCAGAUGUUCCAUCUCCUGAUGCAAAGAGAUCAUGCAAGCAAACAGGCAGCAAUCAGAAGCAGAAGAGCUCAUGACACCAUGGUGGUUGUGAGAGGUGUCUUUGAUAUCAGAGAGAGGGAUAGUAAAGCAGGACAGUUGAGCAGGACAAUUGAGCAGAGAGCUGAGUGGGACAGUCCUGCCAUGUUCAUUUCUGUUGUCAAGCAACCUAAGCCAUCCACAGCUAAUGUAAGACCAAUUGAGCCAAGGCAAUCUAGCUCCUGCAUGAAGCAGUCCAAAAAUCUGGAGGAGACACUAGUACAACUGCAUGUGUUGCAAGAGCCAACCCCUCCACCAAUUGUCUCAAGUGGAAGGGCAGAUAUGGUGGGGUCAAACAUGGAUAUCACAGCCAAUUCAUGCGAAAGCUUGGUGGAUCAGUUCCUGCAGGAAAAGGAGCCAAUUGCUCUGGCAGAGGGCAGAAUUGCAGCUGAUGGUAUGAAUGUGGAUCUACUCGAGCAAUUGCUGAAUGCACAGGAACCAUUGGCACUGCCAGUCACACAUGAGAAAUUAAACAGGAUGGACAGGUCUUCAACACCUGCACAAGAUGUUACUAUGCAGGAUAUGAGGGAACCAACACCUCCACCACUCGUUUCAAAUGUACCUGUUGAAUCUUUUGACUUGGCAGCAGAUGAGGACAAUGGCACAAACCGUUUGACUUUUGGCAUGCCCAAACAAUCAGAAAUGAGGGACCUUUUCAAGGAAAUAUGCAAUGGUGAACUUCCAUCCACACAGCAAUCUCUUCAAAUGGAACAAUGGGAAUUGGCACCUGUUCCAUGUUGUGAUCAAGUCCUGCAUGCCUUACAUGCCAUGGUAUCUUGCUAUUGCAGAACCACCACUCCCAGCAACAUGCUGUUCGAUCCCACUGUUGAUAGGCACCUUGUGCAGGCUGCAAAUGCCAUUUCUGUGGUAGAGAUGGGUAUCCUCUACUUGGCAUGCCAGAUUGAGGUGGCCUCUGUACAUCUGAAGCAGACUGCUGAUAUUGCGGCAUGGCCUGUGCAUUGGUUUGCAAACCUAGCAAUGGACUUGUUAUACUCCUCCCUUCCUGGCAUGCUACCAUGCAUACCUCAGACACCAAGAUGA